CUGAGACUGUAACUGUUGCUGUUUCCAUCAAUUUCAGAAAAAUAUGCCGUAACUGCAAAUGUGGCCAGGAAGAGCAUGAUGUCCUCACAAGCAAUGAGGAAGAUCGGAAAGUGGGGAAACUCUUUGAAGACACAAAAUACACGACCCUUAUUGCAAAGCUGAAGAAUGAUGGCAUUCCCAUGUAUAAACGCAAUGUAAUGAUACUGACUAAUCCAGUGCCAGCCAAGAAGAACAUAUCCAUCAAUACUGUGACUUAUGAGUGGGCUCCUCCUGUUCAGAAUCAGAUACUUGCUAGGCAGUAUAUGCAGAUGCUACCAAAGGAGAAGCAGCCUGUUGCUGGCUCGGAAGGCGCACAGUACAGGAAGAAGCAGUUGGCUAAGCAGCUGCCUGCUCACGAUCAGGAUCCUUCAAAAUGCCACGAGCUCUCCCCCAAUGAAGUUAAGCAGAUGGAACAAUUUGUGAAGAAGUACAAAAAUGAGGCGCUUGGCGUAGGAGAUGUUAAGCUCCCUGGGGAGGUGGAAACAAGAGCUACUGAGAAGAAUAACGUGAACAAUGGUGACAGAGGCACCUCAGCUGCUGUAGGAGUGAUGGAGGACAAGUCCCCAGAUCGGAAGGCAUCUCAGUAUUCCUGCUAUCGCUGCAAGCUGAACAUGAAAGAAGGUGACCCAGCUGUCUAUGCAGAACGUGCUGGAUAUGACAAAUUGUGGCACCCAGCUUGUUUUGUCUGUUGCACCUGCAGUGAACUUCUAGUAGACAUGAUCUAUUUCUGGAAGAACGGUAACCUCUACUGUGGAAGACAUUAUUGCGACAGCGAAAAACCUCGCUGUGCUGGAUGUGAUGAGCUAAUAUUCAGCAACGAAUAUACUCAAGCAGAAGGUCAAAACUGGCAUCUGAAACACUUCUGCUGUUUUGACUGUGAUUGUGUUUUAGCUGGGGAAAUCUAUGUAAUGGUGAAUGACAAGCCAGUCUGCAAACCCUGCUAUGUGAAAAACCACGCUGCG